UCAAAUAAAUAGUUGUGCCAAUGAUAUAAACUGGAUGUUUUUAAAGAAAGUGGUUAAAUAAUAUCAAACAUAUACUGGAAUAAUACAGCUACAGUAUAUACCAAGCUUGCGAGUGGAUAAAAUAUGGAGAAUACGGGCUACCAGCCAGAUGACGAUGGGGGCCCUCGACAGAGAAAGGCAGUCGAAAAUGGCAGUAUGGCCAAAGGGAGGAGGGAAAAGGUCAAGAUGAAGAAAAAUGUCGAACUCAUCAGCGGAAUAUCAUUCAUCGUGGGCUCUGUGAUCGGUUCUGGAAUAUUCAUAUCCCCGAAAGGAGUGUUGACCGAGACCGGAUCAGUAGGGCUCAGUCUAAUUGUAUGGGUAUCAGCAGGAGUUCUCUCCCUUCUCGGUUCAUUGUCGUACGCCGAAGUUGGAUGUCUGAUAACCAAGUCUGGAGGAGAGUACCCAUACAUAUGGGCUGGACUAGGCAAGGUCCUCGCUUUCCUGUUCGCCUGGACUAAAAUCAUAGUGAUAACUCCUUCUGCAGUCGCGAUCAUCACACUUACCUUUGCAGAGUAUACCACCACUUUCUUCGAUUACUGUGGAGCUCCUCAAACACCCGUCAAGCUCAUUGCAGCUUUGGCAAUAGUUACAUUGGCCAUGAUUAACUGCUGGGACACAAAGCUUGCUGCCAACGUACAGGUAUUCUUCACCGCCGCUAAACUCAUUGCCCUCGUCAUCAUCAUUAUCGGCGGCUUCGUGUGGCUUGGAAGAGGUGAGACUGCUACCAUGCGGUCAGGAUUUGCUGGUACUACGGGUUCGGCGUCAUCUAUUGCACUUGCAUUUUACGAUGCUCUAUGGGCCUACGACGGAUGGAACACCCUUAAUUACGUGACAGAAGAACUAAAGAAUCCAUAUGUAAACCUACCAAGAGCGAACAUUUUGGGUGUUGUUCUUGUGACCAUCGUCUACCUUCUCGCCAACAUAUCUUACUUAACCGUGCUAGGGACUGAUGGACUAUUGGAGUCAAGUGCAGUGGUCGUCACAUGGGGAGAGAAGGUUAUGGGAUCAGCUGGAAUCAUUAUGCCAAUUUUUGUGUUGUUUUCUACAUUUGGAGCAGCCAAUGGUGCACUGUUUGCGGGAGUUAGGACACUGUAUGCGGCAGCUAGAGAACAUCAGUUCCCUGAAGUGUUGUCAUAUGUCAGCUGUAAGCGGUAUACUCCAAUACCAUGCAUCAUAUUUACGACGAUACUUUCCUUGCUGAUGUUGAUACCUGGCGAUAUUGGCAAUUUGAUAAACUUCUUCAGUUUUGCCGCCUGGCUUUUUUACGCUUUAACUAUCUUAUCAUUAUUCGUCCUAAGAUUUACCAUGAAGAACGCACAUCGACCAAUUAAGGUCUUCAUUUUGUUCCCGCUGAUUUUCAUGGCCUGUUCCAUAUACCUAGUAAUAGCUCCGAUCAUCCAGGAUCCUGCCGUCGAGUUUCUCUACGCUUUCAUAUUCAUAAUUGGAGGUCUGGUGUUUUACAUCCCCUUCGUACACUUCCAUAUAGAUCAUGGAUGUUUUGAACCAGUCACAAGAUUUAUGCAAUGCUGGUUGGAAGUUGUACCGAGUCCGUACGAGCCAGAGGAAGGAUGAUGACCCGUCACCUGCCCCAUAAUGAUCUCAAUGUAAGGAGAUCCAUCUGGAGGGGUCUAAUGAAUAAUUGCAUAA